UUUUUUUUUUUCUUUUUUUUUUUCUUUUACCGACUUUCUCUGACGAAUUCAACCCGACAUUGUUCCAUCUCUGUCUUUCACCUGUGCUAUUUCACCUCACCAAGAGUACAUUCUACUUUUGAUAUAGCAUUUCUUGUUGUCAGUCAAAAGAUAGGACGAUAAUCGAGCUAGCAUUAUGGCCAGCCACGAUCAAGGAUUUCCUGUUUCCGUUGGAGGCACGCCUUCUGCUUAUUCUGAACAGUCGCAACAGCAGUAUGAUCAGUAUGCCUACGAAGCCGGUUACUAUCAGCAGCUACCAAAUCAACCUCAGCAACCAGAAAAAACACACGAACAAAAGCUACUUGAGAAAUCAAGGAAAUGGCAGCAGUUACAAAACAAACGCUACGGUGAAAAACGUAAAUUCGGUUUCAUCGAACAUGAAAAAGCUGAAAUGCCCCCUGAGCAUUUGCGUAAAAUCGUGAAAGAUCACGGUGACAUGUCAGCCAAAAAAUUCAGACACGACAAGCGUAUUUAUCUGGGAGCUCUGAAAUACGUCCCUCACGCCGUUUUGAAGCUUCUUGAAAAUAUGCCCAUGCCGUGGGAACAAGUCCGUGAAGUCGAAGUUCUCUAUCAUAUCACCGGUGCGAUUACCUUUGUCAACGAAAUUCCUUGGGUGGUGGAACCGGUCUAUAUUGCCCAAUGGGGUACCAUGUGGAUUAUGAUGCGUCGUGAAAAGCGUGAUCGACGUCAUUUUAAGCGUAUGCGAUUCCCUCCUUUCGAUGAUGAAGAACCUCCAUUGGAUUAUGGUGACAACGUCAUGGAUGUGGAACCACUUGAAGCCAUCCAGAUGGAACUGGAUGAGGAAGAAGAUGCCGCUGUCGUUGACUGGUUUUACGAUCCCAAACCUCUUUUAGACACCAAACACAUUAAUGGUUCUUCUUAUCGUAAAUGGCGCCUGGAUCUUCCCAUCAUGGCCAAUCUUUACCGUUUGGCACAUCAGCUGUUGACCGACUUGAACGAUCAAAACUACUUUUACCUCUUUGAUUUGCAUUCCUUCUUCACAGCCAAGGCGUUAAGCAUGGCCAUUCCCGGUGGUCCCAAGUUCGAACCCUUGUAUCGUGAUCUGGACACCAGCGACGAAGACUGGAACGAGUUUAACGAUAUUAACAAGAUCAUCAUUCGCCAACCUGUUCGUACCGAGUACAAGAUCGCCUUCCCCUUUUUGUACAAUUCGCUCCCUCGCAGUGUGCGCGUUUCAUGGUAUCAUCAUCCUACUGUGGUAUUUGUCCGGUCUGAAGAUCCCGACUUGCCUGCGUUCUAUUUCGAUCCCAUCAUCAAUCCUAUUUCGUCGCGCACCGUCGAGGCGGCUGGCACACAGCAUGAAGAUUCCAUCUUUGGGGAUGAUGAAGAAGAUCAAAGCUUUACGCUUCCUACCACAGUGAAACCUUUCCUCGACGACAAGGAGCUGUACAAUGAUAACACGGCGAAUGCCAUUGCUCUUUACUGGGCGCCUCAUCCUUAUGACAAGCGUUCUGGUUACACACGUCGUGCUCAAGAUAUUCCUCUCGUCAAGGGCUGGUAUCUCGAACACUGUCCUCCUAAUCAACCUGUCAAGGUCCGCGUGUCUUACCAAAAACUGUUGAAAUGCUACGUGUUGAACGCGUUGAAGCAUCGUCCUCCAAAGGCCCUGAAUAAGAAGUAUCUUUUCCGCAGUCUCAAGUCCACCAAGUUUUUCCAAACCACUCAGCUCGAUUGGGUUGAAGCUGGUUUGCAAGUGUGUCGUCAAGGUUACAAUAUGCUUAACCUGCUGAUUCACCGAAAGAAUCUUAACUACCUCCACUUGGAUUAUAACUUUAAUCUCAAACCCGUCAAAACACUGACAACCAAAGAACGUAAGAAAUCCCGUUUCGGUAACGCUUUCCACUUAUGUCGAGAAAUCCUCCGUCUCACCAAACUCGUCGUUGACUCCCACGUUCAAUAUCGUCUUGGCAACGUCGACGCCUUCCAACUGGCCGAUGGUCUCCAAUAUAUCUUUGCUCACGUUGGUCAGCUUACCGGCAUGUACCGCUACAAAUAUCGUCUCAUGCGUCAAAUUCGUAUGACCAAAGAUCUCAAGCAUCUUAUCUACUAUCGUUUCAAUACGGGUCCUGUUGGCAAGGGUCCAGGUGUUGGUUUCUGGGCGCCUGGAUGGAGAGUGUGGCUUUUCUUUAUGCGUGGUAUUGUUCCCUUGCUUGAGCGAUGGCUUGGAAAUCUGUUGGCUCGUCAAUUCGAAGGACGUCAUUCCAAGGGCAUUGCCAAGACAGUGACAAAACAGCGUGUUGAUUCGCAUUACGAUCUUGAACUUCGUGCAGCUGUGCUUCACGAUAUUACCGACGCCAUGCCGGAGGGUAUCAAGGGCAAUAAAUCAAGAACCAUUCUGCAACAUUUGUCAGAAGCAUGGAGAGCAUGGAAGGCUAAUAUUCCUUGGAAGGUGCCUGGAUUGCCCACGCCCAUUGAGAAUAUGAUUCUGCGUUACAUCAAGGCCAAGGCCGAUUGGUGGACAAGCGUUGCUCAUUAUAACCGUGAACGUAUUCGUCGUGGUGCUACCGUCGAUAAAACCGUGUGUCGCAAGAAUUUGGGUCGUCUCACCCGUUUAUGGCUCAAAGCCGAACAAGAACGUCAGCAUAAUUACAUGAAGGAUGGUCCUUACAUCACCCCUGAAGAGGCUGUCGCCAUUUACACAUCCACCGUUCACUGGUUGGAAUCGCGUAAAUUCUCGCCUAUUCCCUUCCCCCCUCUUUCUUACAAACAUGACACCAAGUUGCUCAUCCUUGCCUUGGAACGUUUGCGUGAAGCUUACAGUGUCCAAGGUCGUCUCAAUCAGAGCCAGCGUGAAGAACUCGGUCUUAUCGAACAAGCCUACGAUAACCCUCAUGAAGCCCUGUCCCGUAUCAAACGUCUCUUGCUCACUCAGCGUGCGUUCAAGGAAGUCGGCAUCGAAUUCAUGGAUCUCUACUCCCAUCUCGUUCCUGUCUACGAUAUUGAACCCCUUGAAAAGAUCACCGACGCUUACCUUGACCAGUAUCUCUGGUACGAAGCCGAUAAACGUCAUCUCUUCCCUGCGUGGAUCAAACCUUCCGAUUCGGAACCCCCGCCAUUACUCGUCUAUAAAUGGUGUCAGGGAAUUAACAACCUCGUCGAUGUCUGGGAUACUUCCGAAGGCCAAUGCAACGUCAUGAUGGAAACCAACUUUAGCCGCGUCUACGAAAAGAUCGAUCUCACCUUGCUCGGUCGUCUUUUGCGUCUCAUCCUCGAUCACAAUCUUGCCGAUUACGCUACCGCCAAAAAUAACGUCGUUCUCAACUACAAGGACAUGAAUCACGUCAACGCUUACGGUCUCAUUCGUGGUCUGCAAUUCGCGUCCUUCAUCUUCCAGUACUAUGGCCUUGUUCUCGAUCUUCUCGUCCUCGGUCUUCAUCGCGCCAGUGAAAUGGCCGGCCCUCCUCAACUUCCCAACGACUUUUUGCAGUAUCGCGAUGUUGCCACGGAGACACGUCAUCCCAUUCGUCUCUACUCACGCUACAUUGACAAGAUCCACAUCUUCUUCCGCUUCACCGCCGAUGAAGCCCGUGAUCUCAUUCAACGUUACCUCACCGAGCAUCCCGAUCCCAACUUUGAAAACAUUGUCGGCUACAACAACAAGAAAUGCUGGCCCCGUGAUUGCCGCAUGCGUCUCAUGAAGCACGACGUCAAUCUUGGUCGCGCCGUCUUUUGGGAUAUCAAAAAUCGUCUUCCCCGUUCCCUUACUACGAUUGAAUGGGAAGACAGCUUCGUCAGUGUUUACUCCAAAGAUAACCCAAAUCUUCUCUUCGCCAUGUCCGGCUUUGAAGUACGCAUUCUCCCCAAGAUUCGUACCCUCAACGAAGAAUUCACUCUCAAGGACGGCGUGUGGAAUCUCAUCAACGAACAAACCAAGGAGCGUACCGCCCAAGCCUACCUUCGCGUAGAUCAGGAAUCCAUGGAUCGCUUCCACAACCGCAUCCGUCAGAUCCUCAUGUCUUCCGGCAGUACCACCUUUAGCAAGAUUGCAAACAAAUACAACACGGCCCUCAUCGGUCUUAUGACUUACUACCGUGAAGCCGUCGUCCACACCCGUGAGCUCCUCGAUCUCCUUGUGAAAUGUGAAAACAAGAUUCAAACACGUAUCAAGAUUGGUCUCAACUCAAAGAUGCCUUCAAGAUUUCCUCCGGUUGUGUUUUACUGCUAUGGCGCAGGAAUGCCUGUGCGUCUGGCGGACGGUUCCACCCGGUUGAUUGAAGACAUUAAAGCUGGCGAUCUUGUUCUAGGCAGCGAUGGUCAGGCAAGAACAGUGGCUUCCACUGUUUCGGGAACUGCUCCAUUGUACCGUGUCAAGCCAUCUGGAGAGGAGGAAGACAUUUUGUUUGAACCAGGCUUCCUCUGUAACGAAAACCAUUACCUUGUGGUGCGCUUGCCUUCGGCUGGCCAAUGUUACCAAGUGAAAUAUGACGAAGAACUCCAGAUGGAGCGACCCUAUGAAGUAGAAGAGGCACAGCACGCUUCUGAAUGGACCGUCAGGGUGAAAGAUUUCAUUCGUUACGCGGAACAUAUGAAGGUUACUGGACGUCAACCUAUCGACUGUGAAAUGCGUUACUCUGGUCCUAUCGAACAGUGGCCCAUUGCUGCUACCCAUGGUGGCCUGGAAAAACUUGUCAAGGAGGCGCAUCAAUCAACCAAUCGUCCUUAUGCUGGACUCACCUCCGCUGAAUGCGCUUAUAUCAUUGGUGUGUGGCUCGGCAACGGCGCCAAAGAUCAAUCUGGACUGGAGGAGCGAGUCGAAGCCAUUGGCAAAAAGAUGGGUCUGACCAACGUCCUGAAUUGCGAGUCAUCUUCCGACAACCCUCUGUUCUUCAUCUUGUCCAAGCUUGGAUUGUUGCAAGACAAGUGCGUCUCUGAUGAAGCUCGAGAACUCUUUGUGCAAGAAUCUGCGGAUGUCCGUCGUUCUCUCUUGGCUGGUCUUUUGGACACUAAUGGUUCUGCAAGUGAAACCGGCUAUAUGCUGUCGCAAUCGAUUACCCACCACAAAUCAAUCUUGCGCCUUGCCUACGAUAUCGGACGUUCCCUUGGUCUUUACACUACCACUACCCAACAACAAGUUCCCGGUGACACCGAUCUGCGCGGUUCUGUGCGUUUCAGUGGUGAUAUCCAUUUUGUCCCUUGCGUGCUUUCAAAGAACCAAAUUGCUCAGUCGGCCCGCUCUGAGCCGCAUUUCAGACGCUUCCAAGUUCAAGCUGAACCUGAAUGCGUUGACAAGUACUACGGUUUCCAAGUUGCCGAUGGACAGUCUCCUUUGUUCUGUCACGGCGAUUUCCUCAUCGGUCAUAACUGUCCCAAAGAACUCGGUGGUCUCGGUAUGCUUUCCAUGGGUCACAUCCUCAUCCCGCAGUCCGACCUGCGAUGGUCUCAACAAACAGAAACCGGCAUCACCCAUUUCCGAUCGGGUAUGUCCCACGAUGAAGACCAACUCAUUCCCAAUCUUUACCGCUACAUCCAAUCCUGGGAAUCGGAAUUCGUUGACUCCCAGCGUGUCUGGGCAGAAUAUGCCCUCAAGCGUCAGGAAGCCAAUGCCCAAAAUCGUCGUCUUACUUUGGAAGAUCUCGAAGAUUCUUGGGAUAGAGGUAUUCCCCGUAUUAACACCUUGUUCCAGAAAGAUCGCCAUACUCUCGCCUAUGACAAGGGCUGGCGUGUACGUACCGAUUUCAAGCAGUACCAAAUCCUCAAGAACAAUCCAUUCUACUGGACCCAUUCGCGCCACGACGGUAAACUCUGGAAUCUCAACAAUUACCGUACCGAUAUGAUCCAGGCCCUCGGUGGCGUCGAAGGCAUCUUGGAACACACCCUUUUCAAAGCCACCUAUUUCACCUCUUGGUUAGGUCUUUUCUGGGAAAAGGCUUCCGGUUUCGAAGAAUCCAUGAAGUACAAGAAACUCACCAACGCUCAACGUUCCGGUCUCAAUCAGAUUCCAAACAGACGAUUCACACUAUGGUGGUCCCCCACUGUGAAUAGAUCCAACGUUUAUGUUGGUUUCCAGGUGCAACUGGAUUUGACGGGUAUUUUCAUGCACGGCAAGAUUCCGACGCUCAAGAUUUCGUUGAUUCAAAUCUUCCGCGCCCAUUUGUGGCAAAAGCUGCACGAGGCGAUUACAAUGGAUUGCUGUCAAGUAUUUGAUAGAGAAUUGGAAGCGCUUCAGAUUGAGACGGUGCAGAAGGAGACCAUUCAUCCCCGCAAGUCGUACAAGAUGAACUCCUCCGCCAGUGACAUUCUGUUGUUUGCGGCCUAUAAAUGGCCAGUGUCGCGCCCUUCGCUGUUGAACGAUCCCAAGGAUGUGAUGGACGGUCCUACGACGACCAAGUACUGGCUAGAUAUCCAACUGCGAUGGGGUGACUUUGAUUCGCACGAUAUUGAGCGAUACACACGUGCCAAAUUCUUGGAUUACACGACGGACAAUAUGAGUAUUUAUCCUUCGCCGACGGGUCUGAUGAUUGGUAUCGAUUUGGCGUAUAACUUGUAUUCGGCGUACGGUAACUGGAUUCCUGGUAUGAAGCCAUUGGUGCAGCAGAUGAUGGCCAAGAUUAUGAAGGCAAACCCUGCAUUGUACGUGUUGCGUGAACGUAUUCGCAAGGCGUUGCAGUUAUACAGUUCGGAACCGACGGAACCCUACUUGUCAUCCACGAAUUAUGGCGAGUUGUUCAGUAACCAGAUUAUCUGGUUUGUGGAUGAUACCAACGUGUACCGUGUGACCAUCCACAAGACAUUCGAAGGCAAUUUGACGACCAAACCGAUCAACGGUGCGAUCUUUAUUUUCAAUCCGCGAACGGGUCAACUGUUCCUGAAGAUUAUUCAUACAUCGGUGUGGGCUGGUCAGAAGCGUCUUGGUCAGCUUGCCAAGUGGAAGACGGCCGAAGAAGUGGCGGCGUUGAUUCGAUCACUUCCCGUGGAAGAACAGCCGAAACAGAUUAUUGUGACCCGUAAGGGUAUGUUGGAUCCUCUUGAGGUCCAUUGUUUGGAUUUCCCCAAUAUUGUCAUCAAGGGCAGUGAACUUCAGCUUCCCUUCCAAGCGUGUCUCAAAAUCGAAAAGUUUGGUGAUCUUAUUCUCAAGGCCACUGAACCCCAGAUGGUCUUGUUCAACUUGUAUGACGACUGGCUGCGCAGCUUCUCCUCGUACACGGCGUUUUCGCGUUUGGUGUUGAUUUUGCGUGCAUUGCAUGUAAAUAAUGACAAGACCAAGAUGAUUCUGCGACCGGACAGAAAUACGAUCACGGAGGCACAUCACAUUUGGCCGACAUUGUCCGACGAAGAAUGGGCCAAGGUGGAAGUGCAGCUGAAGGAUCUUAUCUUGGCAGAUUACGGCAAGAAGAACAACGUGAACGUGGCGUCGUUGACCCAAUCGGAAAUCCGUGAUAUCAUUCUUGGUAUGGAGAUCCAGGCUCCCUCGCUGCAGCGACAGCAGAUUGCCGAGAUUGAGAAGCAGACCAAGGAGCAAUCGCAGUUGACGGCCGUAACCACAAAGACACGCAACAUUCACGGUGAUGAAAUGAUUGUGACCACUACCAGUAACUACGAAACAGCCACGUUCUCUUCAAAGACCGAAUGGCGCAUUCGAGCCAUUUCAGCCACCAACUUGCAUCUGCGUACGAAUCACAUCUACGUCAACUCGGACGAUAUCAAGGAGAACACGUAUACCUACGUAUUACCAAAGAAUGUGUUGAAGCGAUUCAUCACCAUUGCCGAUCUGCGUACCCAGGUGGCCGGUUUGAUGUAUGGUGUCAGUCCUCCAGAUGCACCGAAUGUCAAGGAAAUCCGAUGUGUGGUGAUUCCUCCUCAGUGGGGUACUCACCAAACCGUGCAUUUGCCGAGUCACUUGCCUGAACACGAAUACUUGGCCGAUCUGGAACCCCUUGGUUGGUUGCACACGCAACCUCAGGAAUUGAUGAACAUGUCUCCUCAAGAUGUUACCACGCAUGCCAAAUUAUUGGCCAACAACAAAUCGUGGGAUGGCGAAAAGACCAUUACCAUGACUUGUUCAUUUACUCCCGGUUCAUGCUCCCUUACCGCAUACAAACUCACCCCCGGUGGUUUCGAAUGGGGUAAGAACAACAUGGACACUGGCAACAAUCCUCAAGGUUACCUCCCCACCCAUGCCGAAAAGGUGCAAAUCCUUUUAUCCGAUCGAUUCCUCGGUUUCUUCAUGGUCCCCUCUGAAAUUUGGAACUAUAACUUCAUGGGUGCACAAUUCAAUGCGAACAUGAACUACCGAUUGGUGCUGGACGUUCCCAAAGAAUUCUAUCACGAAUCACAUCGUUCAGCUCACUUUAUGAACUUUAGCAGCGACAUGGAGCCCAGUGGUGACGCUGAUAUCGAAGAUGUCUUUGCGUAAAAAGUAAUCACCCGAAUCCUCAAGGUUCCCACUCACCAAAAAAAAAAAGCUCAUUUAAAUUUACUGUAUAUGUUUCCAAAAAGUUUCUUUUUUCUUUCAUCUCUGUUCCCCCUUUUUCUCUUUAUUAUUUGCUGCCUGAUUAUUAAAAAAGGUUGAUUUGCGACUGUUAUUUUAAACAAGGUCCAUCUAUCCCAUGGUAAACUCUUUUUCUAGUGUCGCUCAUUAUAAUCGUAAACGAAUUCGCCGUGAUGUCAAUGACCU